AUGUUGGAACCGUCGGAGGGUGGCCUAGACGGCGCUCCCGUGCCCGGCCUAUUUCGAGUGCUGCGGAAUGAGUUCUUUCAAAUCACCUUGGCCCUUCUGGAUCUUUCGCCCACUUUCGACGCAAGAAUUCCAGGCAGUGCCGACCUAGGAAUCGAUGCUUGGAUCACUUCAAUCGAUAUCUCGGUGGUCAGUAAAGACCUUGAGCUGGCAGAAGUUCAAGGGGAUAUUUUGCUGCCUCGUUUCAUUUCUUCGUCUUCCAUGGAUACCGAGAUAGCGCUUACAGCAGGUCGAGCAAGGCCGACGCUUAAAGAGCUUUCAUCAUCGGGGCAUUUGCCUCUUGUUGCAGGUCAGAAAAACGUCCAAAAUACGGCUUGGAAGACUGACGAGAAGGCCUAUGGUGCUCUAGAUCCGGACAGAGUAGAGGUCCAAGUGGCAGAUGUUUCGCUCACCCUGAGCGGAUCUCCCGUAUCUGAGCUUGACGUGAGCCAUGUUACAGGCCACAUCACACGAUGCGGAUCAGAGGUCACCGAAUUCUUAGAAGGUGAUCGCGUGGUGGCACUGAACGGACUGCAUUUCAAACCCCAUGUGCGCCAGCAUCGGUCAAUGCGUAUUCUCAUCCGAGAUAGUACUACAAGUCUAGGGCAGGCCCUUGUGCACGUAGCACGUCAAACUGGUGGUGUUGAAAUCUUCGUGGCUAUACGAACGCCAGAUGAGAAGGCGCUUCUAGUUAACAAACUGAACCUUUCAAGACAGUCAGUUGUAAUUGUCAAUGGCUUACAAGACAUGAGCCGUCUGGCUUCCUACUUUUCACACAUGACUCAUGGUCAAGACCUUGAGAAGAAUAUCGGCUUUUCAUAUAUCGAUCCCGCACAUGUCCUGCAGAAAGAGCCAGAGAGGAUCAUUAAGUUUCUUCCGGAGGUCCUAAAACUUAUCCAAAGCGCUGGCGGAUUACCCGAAAUCGUUCCAACCACCAAGUUUGAGGUCACGAACCUACGUGAAGCCUUGGUAUGGGCGCAGGAUACCAGAAAAAGUGGCAUAGUCUCGAUAGGUUUGCAGCCCGCGUCUAGGGAUGUGCUUGUACCGGUCAUAUCUGCUACUCCCGCACUACUGAGACUUGAUCCUGAUGCUACUUACGUUCUUGCCGGUGGGCUCGGGUCCCUUGGCUUAAGAAUUGCAGAGACGAUGGCCCAACACGGUGCCACCUGUCUGGUCUUCCUUUCGCGCUCUGGGGAAGAUACGCGGCAUACUAUUCGUGAGGUAGAAAAGGUCGGGCGGCCGAUCAAAGGCGUCGUCCUGUGCGCCAUGGUUCUUCAGGGCCUAGCGGCAACUUCAAUCAACGUCGGCCUUGUCACCGACUCAGACCACACAAUUGACGGUAUAGAUAUGGAAAACUACCUUGAUCGUUCCAAGCAUAUGGCGAGCGUCAGUACAACACUUGAGAAGCUAGAUAUCGCCAUCAUUGCCUCGAUGAGAGGCACAGUGGGAGAUGGGGAGCAUGUUCAGGUUCAGUUUGUCUACUGCAUGACAGACUCUUUACACCCGGAAGGCGUAGAUGGAUGGGCCCGGGACCGGAAGUUCAUCCAUCGCACCGCUAUAGCUGAUAACCGCGUUUCAAUGCCAGUGGGCGAGUCGUCGGCUCCUAGCACCGGCGAGCAGCUUGACUUAGUAUUCAGCCCACAGAAAUCGACGAAGAUCGGCCACUAUACGACGCUGGCGUCGCAUCUUCGCCCCUCCUAUUUGAGCCAGGCAGUCUCGGCGCUCGAUCCUUGGUCGAAGAAAGACCUCGAAGCUAUUCAUAAGAUGGAGACGAAGUGGCCUCAAGAUCUAAUCACGUUGUAUCACUUCUAUGCUUCUCGAAUGCAAAAGACUUGUGGCCACAUCAAAAGCGGCUAA